GUGCAGUCUAACCUUCAAUGCAUAGUUUAAUACAGCUUCAAUAGUCAAUAAAAAAUGUUUUAUUUUAAUUAAAGUUAUAUGCGCGCGUGCUAACCUUAGUUCGUAGCUGUUUUUGUUUAGCUUUUAAACGCGAUUGGAGAUCAAUCGACUGGUCGACUAUCUCGUAAAUUCUCGGAAGAUCAAUUGCGUCUUUUCGUAAUAUAAAUAGAAAAUAGAAAAUAGAAUACGAUCGAUCGCGAAGCAGUGCUGGUCACUCUGACCGUUUAACCUUUGACCGACAGGUUCAUCCGUGAAUCGUGCUUCUGGCUGUAAUAUAAAUAGAGACAAAGGGAAUGUAGUCAUUCACGGUUGACAACCGACUAAGGCUUAGUCGACAUUCUAGCCAGAGAUCGCAACCGGUGAAAUUUUUUCUAGUCAAAAUUUUUGUGAGUUCAGCUGGCGUAGCCUGAAACCACGGGAAAUACACCCCGCUGACGGAUCUUGACGGUCACAGCUUUGCGGCAUGGAAACUCGAAGCUGAACCCCGAACUCACCAGUAGGAUUGUCGGGAUUCGCAAACAAGAUCCGAAAUUGUCGCGUUCACGACGACGAGGACCACCGAAUGGCCGACGUGGGCAACGACAGUCCGGAAACGUGAGUCGCGCGCCCGUGACGGCUCGUGCGACUGUGCGACGACAGCUCCGAUUAUCGCGGACCUAACCCAGCCCGGAGCUGACCGAGCGUCUCUCCGCGCACUCCUCUCGCCUACCGAUCGGUGACGUAUACACGGCGGCGGCAGCGGCCGUCUCGCGACCGUGCGUCUUUCGUGCUCGUUCCUAGUCGGCCAGUAUGUCGACACGAUGCGCGUAGUCCGCGCAUGAGUGCACGCGAGUCCUCACUGUUCUCUUUCUCUCUCUGUCUCUCUUUCUCUUUCUCUCUCUCAUUCUCACCUUUUCGCUCUCUCGACGGCUAAAUCAACUCUGCUGAGGGUCCCGCGAAGGAUGACCGAUCCUAAAAUUGAGAUGCACUACACGCCGCCGACGUCGGACACCAUUCAGACGAAGCCGUUCCCGAUCCGAGGUGAACGCGCAAAUUUCGUCAACAAGCCUCAUGUGAUCGCAAUGGUUGGCCUGCCGGCUCGCGGCAAGACCUACAUAUCCAAGAAACUAUGUCGUUACCUCAAUUGGAUCGGCAUCAGCACGAAGGUCUUCAAUCUGGGCGAGUACAGGCGGCACGCCACCACGGCCUACCAAUGUCACGAGUUUUUCCGUCCCGAUAACAUAAAGGCCAUGGCGAUACGCACGCAGUGUGCGAAGGACGCCCUGAACGAUGUCUGCCACUGGUUGGAGAGCGGCGACGGCGAGGUAGCCGUAUUCGACGCCACCAAUUCUACCGUCGAUAGACGUCAGCUCAUACGCGACAUUGUCGUUCACAAGAUGGGUUUCAAGCUCUUCUUCGUCGAGUCGGUGUGCAACGACCCGGAAAUCGUCGAGCAGAAUAUCAUGGAAGUGAAAGUCAGCAGUCCGGAUUACGCGAAUAUGAAGAAGGAGGAUGUGCUCGCGGACUUUAUGCUGCGAAUCGAGCACUACCAGGAGCGAUAUCAGCCGUUGGACGAGGAGCGCGAGAGCGACCUGUCGUUCAUGAAAAUAUACAACACCGGCGAGAAGGUGCUCGUCCAUAAGCACGAAGGCCAUAUACAAAGUAGAAUAGUUUACUAUCUUAUGAACAUUCAUAUUGUGCCACGCACGAUUUACUUGACCAGGCAUGGUGAGAGCCUGAUGAACCUCGAGGGCAGGAUAGGCGGCGAUUCGGAUUUAACCGAGCGGGGGCGCGAGUAUUCGAAGGCGCUGGCAGAUUACAUCGCUGAUCAGAACAUACAGGGUUUGAGAGUGUGGACUAGCUGGCUGAAGAGGACCAUCCAAACCGCGGCCGACGUGAAGGCGCCGCAGGAAAGGUGGAAGGCUCUCAAUGAAAUCGACGCCGGUAUUUGCGAAGAGAUGACUUAUGAGGAAAUCGCGUCCAAGUAUCCCACGGACUUCGCCGCGAGAGAUCAAAACAAGUUUUCGUAUCGCUAUCCGCGCGGGGAGAGUUACGAGGAUCUCGUCGCGCGGCUGGAGCCUGUGAUAAUGGAAUUGGAACGUCAGGGUAACGUGCUGGUGGUUAGUCAUCAGGCAGUUCUACGCUGUUUAUUCGCUUACUUCCUGGACAAGAGCGCAGAUGAAUUGCCGUAUUUGGAAGUUCCUUUGCACACCAUCAUCAAACUAACACCUGUCGCUUACGGUUGCAAGGUGGAGCACAUUCGACUACCGAUAGAAGCCGUGGACACUCAUCGGCCGAAACCAAAGAGCGCCUGUUAGCUGUAAUGGAAAAUGGACGAUUUUCUUGUAUCUAAUUGAAAUCUCAUCCUAGAAUCAUCUGCAUUCGUCAAAAAACAAAAUCUUUUUCAUCAAGUUAGAUAUUCGUUGCAUCUUUUCCAAAUCUAGAUUUAUGUAGACAAGCAUAAUAUUUGUGUGUUGGAAUUUUAUGUUUUAAAAUUUUAUAUUUUUAGAUCGCUUUAUAGAUGAAUAUAUAAUUUAUAAAAUAGUAUAUUUCUCGAAUAUUGUGUAAAAAAUUACAGUCCUAACCGUAUACACACGCACGCGCGCACACACACACACACACACAGAGGUUUUUACUAAAAGAUUGUUAAUCAUUUACAAUUGUCCGUGCCAUCUUUCAUAAUAAGCAUUAAUAUUAUGAUGUCAUUAUGAUGCUAUGUGUAUAUUAUCAUAUUAAAACGAUUUAUAGCGAUACGGUGAUAACUGUUUCAAUCUUACUUAUCAUUGUGUAAUAGUUUAAUAUAAUUAUAUAAAUAGAAUUACAUAUAUGCAACAUGCAGCGAUCAGAAAAAAAGCAGGAUUUAAAAAAUUGCAAUUUUACACAAUGGAGUUAAACGAUACAUUUUUAAGAAUUGUACAUUUCGAUUACGAAGCGAACUGCUAAGAAAAUGUGUACUCAUAUAUUUCAAUCCAUCGAAAAGAAUUAAAUUUCAAUUAUGCAUGAUAGAACUAAAUAAUAUAUAUACUUUCAAAGCCAAUUGUACUUUUGGAACGUGUCACGUCUUUGUGUAAGACAUAAUAAUUAAUAACGACGCUGCGAUGGAAGAUUAUUCAUUAGAGAUCAAAGAUUAAAAUGUUGUAGCAGUGAUUCUAAUUCUGGCAUGACAAUAAAAAAAGUCUCUUCGCAAUAAA